AUGAAAUGUCCAAUACUUAUUAAAGUUGGUGAGGCGUUUCUUCGUGUUUUUGUGCAAAGUUGGUCUUGUAGCGAACUCCUGUCAACUUACGUUGGGUUUCCAUUUUAUACUAUUGUACCUAUUUUUUUUUUCCAAAUUGGAUGUUUAAGCCCUUCAACAGCAAGGGUAAUUCAUCAUGAAGUUGAACAUCGCUUAUCCAGCUAA